GCGGGGCGACGCCGGGACGGCAGUGACGUCACUUCCUCGGCCGGCGCGGAGGGGACGCGGGGCGGUCAGCGCGACACCACCACCUCUCGGGGAGGCCUGCCGGGGUCACCAGGGCAGCCAGAGAGCCAAAGGGGUCACCAGGCAGCCAGAGAGCCAAAUCGAGAGUCCGGAGGCAGCCGCAGAGACACCCUUCAUGGCGAUCCUCUUGGCCACCACUCGCAUCGCCCAGCCUCUUGCCCGGCUGACCCUGAAAGCUCCGCACUGCAAGGAUGGCGCUGCCACCGGCCUGCGAUUGCUUCCCAAGGUCCAGGCCGCGGCCUCCGCCUGGAGGAGCCAGCGCUGCUACGCAACAGAGGUGGAAGAGAUCAGCCAGCGGCCGGUGCUUAUUACGGGCUGCGACUCGGGCUUUGGCUUCUCCUUGGCCAAAUUCCUCCACGGGAAAGGCUUCAUCAUCUACGCUGGGUGCCUGCUGAAGGAACAAGGCCGGGGGGGCUCCAAGGACCUGGACAACAUGAAGAGUGACCGAAUGAGGACGGUCCAGCUCAACGUCUGUGACAGCGAGGAGGUGGCCCGUGCGGUGGACUACGUGACCAGCACCCUGAAGGACCCGGAGACCGGAGGGCUCUGGGGUCUGGUCAACAACGCUGGCAUUUCUACCUUUGGAGAGGUGGAAUUCACCAGCAUGGACACUUACAAAGAGGUGGCCGAAGUGAAUCUCUGGGGCACCAUCCGCACCACCAAGGCCUUCCUGCCCUUGAUACGGAGAGCUAAAGGCCGCGUGGUCAACAUUAGCAGCAUGAUGGGCCGGAUGGCCAACCCCGCCCGCUCCCCUUACUGCAUCACAAAGUUUGGGGUGGAGGCCUUCUCCGACUGCCUGCGCUACGAGAUGCGUCCGCACGACGUGAAGGUCUGCAUUGUGGAGCCGGGCAACUUCAUCGCCGGCACCAGCCUCUACAGCCCCGAGCGCAUCCAGUCCAUCGCGGACAAGAUGUGGGACGAGCUACCGGAGAUCGUGCGCCGCGACUAUGGGCGCAAGUACUUUGACGAGCAGAUCGCCAAGAUGGAAUCAUAUUGCAGCAGUGGCUCCUCAGACACCUCCCCGGUGGUCGAGAGCAUCGGCCACGCCCUCUCCUCCACCACGCCCUACACCCGCUACCACCCCAUGGACUACUACUGGUGGCUGCGCAUGCAGGUCAUGACCCACAUGCCCGCGGCCAUUUCCGACCGCCUCUACAUCUACUGAGGGUGGGGGGGGGUCCCCGCUGGAGCCGAACCGGCGAGGGACGGUCACGCUAAAGGUUACGGUGUACAGUUCUCCGGCAGCCGCUCGGUUAGUUCGUUUUUCAACCCCGUAUUUUAGGCCUGUGAUUAAUUUAAAGAUUGGGACGUAAUGUGAGCCCUUGCAUGGUGUGUCGGGUGGGCAGGACUGCCUCACGUCUUUCAGGGGGACUCCGAUGGGGGCGGGUAUUUCAAGCAUCCCCUUCUUUGCCAAGCUUGCAUUGGCCGUAGGGGACCUGGGCCGCCACCUUCCUUCGUCCCCUCCUGGAGAAGGGCUGGGGCUCGUCCUUGCUGGGGCGGGCAGCUGGCCUCCAGAGUCCUUUGCGGUGGCCACGCUGGGGGGCUGGGGGGAAGGUCCACAGCAGCCAGGGGCCAGUUGUCCACUCCUGUCUUUGCACACUCCUUUCCAAGGGGCGCCAUGGACCAAGCGCCACCAAGCCCCUCUCCCUACUGGCGGGCCUUUGGCCGCAGGCUCACUCCCUUUGGGGGUUCUGCCAAGGCGCAGAGCCCCUCCUGUAAGGGAGGGGGAAGCCUGGCUUUAGUCAGGGGCCCAAGGCCAGGCUUUUUGCACUAGGGCCCCGGUGCUGACGGGUGGCGGGGAAUCACAGGGCAGGAGGGAGGCCGCCUCCCAUCUGCCCCAGCAGCACAAGCCACCCGCAGCUCGGGAGCCACCGUGGAUCACUCCAAUUUGACCGUGAAGGUCUUUUUCCUCUUGGCACUUAAAGUGCCCCCUCCAGCAGGUCAGGCUGAGCGCGGUGCCUACCCCAGUCCGGACCCCCAAGGUCUCUUCUGCCCAUCAAUCCCUGACCACGGCUGCUGCCCCUCCAAGACCGUCUGGCCGGGGGCAUCGGGAAGACCUGGCAGAGAUUUGGCACACCCGUCUGUCACCGGGGGGGGGGGUGUUCCUCGGGGGGGGGACAGUCCUGUGGCUGGCAGCGGAGGAGGACAAGAGAGCAUCCCCCCCCCAACCAGCAAGUGGGAGGGGCUGAGAUCGGAUGUCGUCUCUUUCCAUGAACAUUAAACCAUGUGACCAGCCUGCCUGCAUCACUGGCCUUUUUCCUUGACCAGAGGAGACCAGGUGCCCCGUGCCGGAGGUGGAGGUGAGGGCGAGAGGUGCUCCUCCUGCUUGCCCCGGGGCCUCCCUCGGAGGCUAAGCAGGAAGGCGGCCGGGCACCAGGACCCAGUGGCACCAUCUUGGGCCGGUCUCUGUCCUAGAACUGGGCUGGGCUGGGGGGGCGUGGUCUGCGGUCUUUCCACCCUCAGACAUGUGAGGCGGGCUUUCCUCUCCCCGCUGCAGCACUUUCUGGGGGCAAACCCCCCCCCCAUGCCUGCACCUCCAAGAAAGGGCAUAGGAGAUUUUCCUUAGCUGUUUGGCUGGGCCCCUCCCUCCGUGGAAGACUCCCCCCCCUCCCUCCAGAAAGAGCCUGCAGCCCCAGAAGCUGAUGAAAAGGUCUUAUUCCUUUGGGCCCAUCUCCCGUUUAUAUGUUACACUGUAUUUUCAUACUGCAUUGCUCCAGGGCCUGUGGAGGGGGGGGGGGGAUAAAUGAUCCUGUAGGGCGUGGAAUCCUCCCUCCCUCCCCCUCCCUUCCAUGCUCACCUGCUUCUGCAGCUGCCCAGGCCCUUUCUGGAAUGGAAGAGGCCAAGUCCCAAGCCCUUUGGUAUAACUUAAGAGCCCCUUCCUGAAAUUCAGUGCAGGCCCAGCUGAGUCCCCCCCCCCCCCGCUCUCCUCCCCCCCCCCGCAGACCCCUCUUGGCUCACAACCUCUGCAGGAAUGGCUGUUCUCCCCCCUCCCCCAGGUCCCUCCCUGUGGCUGAAGGAUGAGGCCUGGGUGGUGGUCCAGGGUUGCCCCCAAGGAAUGGCUGCUCUCUCUCUCCAGCUAUGCAGAGACACCUGACUGCAGGUGCUUUGAGGAAGGGUCACUUCCCAGCCAUGCUCCAUCUCUGGGUUGCAUGUGGGUGGGCCCCAGUCUUGGGUUCCCCCCACCUCCAUUCUUUGGUGUUACAAGCUGCUUGCCGGUAUCUGGCAACAUUGCACUGGCUGAGUUCACACAUGACGCCUAAGCAGGAAAAGACCCAGCAGCUGCACGCAGUGGCCAUGCUAAGAAGACUGACUAGCCUUCAUCUCCCUUAGUCUGGAUUGCACAAAUCCUAGUUUUUCCUUUAUGGAUUGUGAAACCCCAGAAAACGGGUUGUCAGAAUGCGACUUCUGAUUUGCACGUUUCCAGGAUUGUAAAUUGGGGGUGGACUUGGGGGUCCUGACCCACACUUGGAUCCCUCUGACUGCUGAUUCUUGCUCUAGGCAGAGCUAAGAGGACAAGAGGCGUUUAAGACGGUAAAUUUAAGAUGUAAAGAAGAUUGAAAACCAUUUCUUUGUAUCGUCUACUUUCCUUUUACUUUCUCCCCACUUGCUUGCACAUUUCGUUUUCUCUCUGGUUUUUCUUUUCUCAUU